AUGGGCUUGUUAGAAUUAUUUGUGGAAAAGGCUAGGGUCAAGUGCUGUGAGGUCACUGGACUUGACCAUUUAAAUUGUGAAAUUGGAAAUAUUAGACACUCUUUUGCUGUUUUCGGUUCUCAAGGUCAUGAUCUUGUUUGGAAUGAAUAUAAAAGAUGGGAUCUUGAUGUUUACACUCAAUAUGAAUGGCUUAUUGGAUCACAAUAUGCUACAUCUGAUUGGGUUGCAAUAAGAAAACCUCCACCUUGUGCCAUUGAUUCUUGGGGCUUAGAACCAAUAUUGGCUGGACCUUCAUCGAUUGGAAUGAGUCAUGUUGUUAAUGAUGUUUGUCUAGAGAAUCCAUAUAGGAAUAUGGUUAUGGAUGCAGUGGGGUUGGGUGAUGCAUUCUACAAUGAUAAUGUGUCUAGUCCUGUGGUAGCAGGAGAAAUUCCAAAUCCGGAUGCAACUAAAUUUUUUAAGCUUUUGAAAGCUGCGGAGGAGCCGUUGUGGGAUGGGUGUACCAAGCAAUCCAAAUUAUCUGCUUGUGUACAAUUGCUUAAUAUGAAGUCAACUUUAAAUUUGACUCAGAAUGCCUUCAACAAUUUCAUUGACUUUACAAAAAGUUGCAUGCCUAAUGAUGAAAAUUUGGUUUCAAAUUUUUAUGAUGCCAAGAAAUUUAUGCGGCCACUUGGACUUGGUUAUGAGAAAUAUGAUGUGUGUCCUAAUUACUGUAUGCUAUACUAUGGGGCAGAUGCAAUGAAAAUAAAUUGUGAUUUUUGUGGAAGUUCACAAUACAAACCUAGAAAUCCAACUAGUAAAGGUUCCAAUAAGGCGGAGAAGCAACUCCGAUACUUUCCUCUAACACCAAGGCUUCAGAGACUAUUCAUGUCCCCAUAUCAUGCCAAAGAUAUGACAUGGCAUCAUUUUCAUAAGUCUGAUAAUGGGGUUAUGGUGCACCCAUCUGAUGGGGAGGCAUGGAAGGAGUUUAAUCGUGUCCACUUAAGCUUUGCAUCAGAUCCGAGAAAUAUUCGGUUAGGGUUGUGCACUGAUGGGUUUUGUCCAUUUGACAUGUCUUCAAAUACAUACUCUUGUUGGCCAGUAAUUGUGACUGUUUAUAAUUUGCCUCCGUGGAAGUGCAUGACUAGACCAUUCAUGUUUUUGACAAUGAUGAUUCCUGGGCCAAAGAAUCCGGGUAAAAAGCUUGAUGUUUUUCUAAGACCUUUGAUUGAUGAGUUAAAGAAUUUGUGGUUUUUUGGUGUUGAAACAUAUGAUGUAUACAGAAAGGAAAAUUUUCAAUUAACGGCAGCUUUGAUGUGGACCAUUAGUGACUUUCCAGCAUAUGGCAUGUUAUCGGGGUGGAGUACUCAUGGAAAUCUGUCUUGUCCUUAUUGUAUGGAGCAUAGCAAGGCUUUUAGAUUAAAAAAUAGGGGGAAAACUACAUUUUUUGAUUGUCAUCGACGAUUCCUACCCAUGGACCACCCAUAUAGAUUUCAAUAUGAUAAGUUUUUGAAAGGAGUAAUUGAAAGGCUUCCUCCUUUACCUCGUCCAUCUGGUUUGGAAAUGUUAAAUGAAGUGUCCAAGUAUACUGAGGGACAUAAUGGAGGUUCAUCAUAUAAUGAUAAAAUUCCUGGCUUUGGUGUUAAGCACAAUUGGGUGAAGAAGAGCAUUUUCUAG